AGCAGCGGAUGACGUUUUGCGGCUUUGCGGUUGCGAGAGAAAUCCAGGAAUCUUUUACUGACUUCUGAAUUUUUCCUUCCUUCCGUUUUUUUUCAUGCUGGGCAUCUAGACAUGUGAGGGAUCGUUUGCAACCUUGCGGGAGACGUUUGCUGUAUUUAAAGUUGCACCGUUGUUCUUCGUUCUGGCUGUUCGGUUAAGACGUUCACUAGAUAUUUCUGUUUCACAUUUUGAUUUCCUGAUUACAAUUUACAGCAGUAUUAAUUAUUAUGGAUGCGAAACCUGGAAUUCCCUUGGUGUACUGGGCUCAAAAAGACGAUCGGAUUUCUCUGCGAGUGGAUGUGGAAGCUCAUGGGCAGCCUGUCGUGACUACCACAGCGAAGCGUUUGGAAUUUUCAUGCGAUGGGACUGCUCCGACGACAGGGCGUCGACGGUACGCCUUUGCCAUUGAUUUCUUCGCCGAUAUCGUUCCAGGCUCUGAAGGCUAUGACAUGAAGGCUCAAGGUAGUCGCGUGGACCUGAUCAUAAAAAAGUCCCAGAAAAACGAUGAAUACUGGCCAAGGCUGCAUCGAGAUGGAGCGAAACCUGCGUGGCUUAAGAUCGAUUUCGACCGCUUCCACAGCGGCGAAGCGGAGAGCGAAGAGGAGAAAGAGCGCCACGACCCGGACCGUGAGCCAAACAUGAAGAACACCGUGGACGAACUGUUAAAGAACAUCAAAGACAAGCGCCCAAAUUUCCGUGAGCCCGGCUUGGACUUCAAGAAAAUGUACUUGACGGCCUACAACACCUUCAUGUUGCUGGGCUUUUUCGGCAUCUUCGUUUCCCUGAUCCGCAACUACGUGCAGGAGGGAUCGGAUUUCUAUCAGCGUACCUAUCACACCGUGGGACUAAAUGUGCGCAUCAUGCAAAUCGCGCAGUGCGCGGAGAUUGUUCAUGCCGCACUGGGUCUGGUCAAGACUAGUCCGUUGAGUUCGCUGUUGCAGAGCACCGGUCGGUUGGUGGCUCUGCAUGUCAUCGUCUUUGAGCCGUAUCUGCAGACACUGCCGGCAGUGUACUGGUUGUUUGUGGCGUGGUCGGCGGUGGAAUUGAUUCGCUAUCCGUAUUAUUUGGCACAGCUGCAUGGAUACGUUCCGGAAAUGUUGAAAGUGCUGCGGUAUACCAGCUGGAUUGUUCUGUAUCCCAUGGGGAUGAUUCUGGAGGCGAUUAUUUAUUUGCAAGCGCUGGAGGCGUAUCCUCUGACGUAUCCUGGCGCGUUGUUUCAUUUGGGCAGCAAGAGUAUCACAGUGGCCCAUUUUAUUGCCUUGUAUCUCUUCAUCUUCCCGGUUGGUUGCAUAUUCAUGCUCCGCUACAUGUUCUACCAAACCAAAAGCCAGUUGUUCGCCAAAAAGGGCGCCAGCCGUCCAAGCAAGAAAGUGCAAUAACGGAAUGGAUUUUGCUCGCAUCCCAGAGAUUUUAUUUACUAAUUUAAAACCAGUUUCCACGUAGUUUAAUGCGUUUCUAAGUUCUUUCUUCUCCAAUAAACUGUAGCAUUUCGAUACGUUUAAAAAAAGCAUCGGUUUCUUCGUUGUCGAAUGGACGGAUGUUUUGUGGAUGCCAAGGGGUGGAACAUAAAGGGCAUGAUUGUAGA